AUUUGUAUUGCCUCACUGUCUUUAAAUAAAACUGCAUUGCAUACAAAUGAUCCAACCAUCUAAAUCAAAAUGCCUCUAAACACUCACUCACCAAUUUUCCUCCACUACCUCCAAAACAUCCUCCUAAUAACACUAUGCGCAAUAUUCACUCCUCUCCUAACACUCAUAGCCAUCCUCUCCACCCUCAUAUCCCCAUUCACGACACAGAGUCAAAAAAUCCAGCACCAGCGAACCCAACGCGCAAAUUCCCCCUCUACAUUUCCUCCUCCCCGCACAAUCCUAGUCACCGGAGUAGGAAUGAGCAAGGGAUUAUGUAUCGCGCGAUCCUUCUAUCGCGCGGGCCAUAAUGUCAUCGCUGCGGAUUUCGAACCCUAUUAUAUACCAUCAUGUGGACAUUUCUCAAGAGCGAUUAGGAAAUUUUAUCGCUUGAGGAAACCGUGUGAGGAGCGCGGUUCUCGCGUCUAUGUAAGGGAUAUUGUGGAGAUAGUCCAGAAGGAAAGAUGUGACUUGUGGGUAUCGUGUUCCGGGGUCGCGUCUGCGAUUGAGGAUGCUGAGGCGAAGGAAUUGGUGGAGAGGGAGACGUCGUGUUUGGUUGUUCAGUUUGGGGUUGAAGUGACGGGGAGGCUGCAUGAGAAAUAUUCUUUUGUUAAACAAAUGAUGGAGUUGGGGUUGAAUGUUCCGCUUACUUAUAGGGUUCAUUCGGUAGAAGAGGCUUUGAGGAUUUUAUAUCCAGAGACAGGAGUGAAGGUUCAGAAACAGUUUAUUAUGAAGCCUGAAAUGGUCGAUGAUAGUGUGAGGGCUGAUAUGACGAUACUUCCCCGACCAACACUUUCACAAACACAAACUCAUAUACAGAAAAUGAAUCCCUCAAUCAAAAGACCAUUUGUUCUUCAACAAUACAUCUCAGGAAGAGAAUACUGUACACAUAGUAUAAUACUCCUCGGAAAAAUCCAUGCAUUCACUUCCUGUCAAUCAUCAGACAUGUUAAUGCAUUACCGAGCUCUUGAACCUUCAUCUGCACUCGCUCAGGCAAUGCUUCACUACACUACGCUCUACCUUCGCAAAACAAGCUCCACAUCUCCCCCAGCCAUAACCGGACAUUUCUCCCUCGAUUUCCUAAUCAAUGAACAAAUAGCCCAAAAAGCCUCGCGAGAUCUCGCACCUUCAGAUGCGGAUAUUGAAAAUCUUCAAAAGGAGCUCUUUCCUAUUGAAUGUAAUCCCCGAGUGCACACAGCUGUUAUUCUUUUAAACGACAAGGCGGAGGAGAUGGCAGAUGCAUAUAUCCAAUUCCUAUCCGACUCCCGCACAAACGAAAGCACAUCUUCGAAAGAAAAUUCCCAAACGUCCCAGAAAUUAAUAAUAGUACCGAGUCUAGACGCCGUCAAAAUAGGUUAUUACUGGAUAGGACAUGACAUUCUCACGAAAAUGCUUCUCCCGAUAUUUGAAUGCGUUAGUUUUCAACGAAGUAUAGGCAGUUUAGUCGGUGAAUGGAUGGAAUUUUUCAUACAUCUCUUGUGGUGGAAAGAUGGAAUGUAUGAGAUUUGGGAUCCGUGGCCGGCGUGGUGUUUAUAUGUACUUUUUUUGCCGGGAUGUUUUUGUGCGUGUAUUUGGGAGGGAAAGUGGUGGAGUAGGUGUAAUGUUAGUACGGGGAAGUUUUUUGGGGUUUGAGUGGGUGGUUGGGUUGGUGAUUGCGGAUUGGGAAGGCGAUGAAAUGAUGAGUUGGUGAAGUAAGAGUUAGUUAGCACGCAUUAAAGAAUUACGAGGAUGAAGAGUGGGAUAUUCAUUGCAUUGCGUUUGCAUUGUUCCAGGGUUAAGUGUUCAUUACACCAGUUAUGAUACGGGAGGAAGUAUUUCUAUCUCUACCUCUUCCUCUACCUCUAUUCCUACUCAGUCUCUCGAUUAGCGCAAUAACAGCUACUUUUAUCCCAUGCUCAAUUACUCCCUCACAUACUCCUCACAUACUCCCUCACAUACUCCCUCACAUACUCCCUCAUACACACAACACACACCCAAAGACAUUCAC